AUGAUGUUGAAAGCUUUAUUCUCAUCAUUCAACUCAAAAGCUGUACUUCUCUUCACAUUUUUUACUUUUUUGCUACCGAAUAGCAAUUCGAAUUCUAUACGUAUUAGAGAAGAGUCUGCCAACCCGAACUCCGCGAAGUUGGAAGAAUUGCUUUAUGCAAUAAAUAAGGAUAAUGAACCAGUCAAAAGUUACACAAUUACGGGUUUUGUAAAUUGGACGUUUUUUAAUAGUUCAAUAGAGGUGCCUCGAAGUAAAGAGGGAGAAUAUACGUUUCUGAUAAUGAUUGGAGUGGAUAUAUUUUUAGUGAUUUUUGUUUUGAUGUUCCUCGGUUAUGUCAUUUCUAAAUGCUUUAUCAAAUUUAGAGAAAACUACACAGAGUUAUUAAUCCAAAAGCAGGCAAAUGAAACACAAAUGGAGACAAGAGGUCUUCAAUCAUAUGCCCGAUCUUUAGCUUUGAGAGGAAUACAGACUAAAAUGAGAGGAAGGAGGCAAUUAAGGGCAAUUGGUAGAGUAAGCAAUUUGAGCAGAAUAAGCAUUUUUGAAGAGAAAGGUUUUGGAAAGAAAAAAGGUCGUCAAACUCCCAUAACACUUUCUGUCUACGAAAAACUUUCUGAUUCACUACGUGAGGGUUUACCUGUUCCACCUGGUUUUAAAAAAGGAAAAACAGUUGAAUCAGAAUCAAAUACAGAUAAACAGCCAGAAACACUUCCUGCUUGCGAAAAAUUGCCCAAGUCAUUACGUGAGGUUUUGUCAGUUCCGCCUGACUUAAAGAAAGAUCAAAAACCUGCAUUGACAAUUUCUGAAUACGAAAAACUGUCCAACUCUUUACGUGAAGGUGUGCCAAUUCCUAAAGGUUUUGAGGAAAUAAAACUUUCUAUUACUCCGGUUAUUAACAAUAAAAAAACUCCAGUAAUUCAACAACAAACAAAAAUUCAACCAAACACAAAAUCAUCACCACCAACACUUCCUCAAGCUACAAAAAAUAAAAAUAAUGUUAAAGAAGAAGCCAAGAAAUCUAAGAAAAAUGAAACUAAAAUUAAGGAAGAAAAAAAUACAAAGAAGGAAAGUAAAAGGAGUGAAACAAUCAAAACAAUUCCAAAAUUAGAAAGUAAAAAAGUCAGUCAAAAAACAUCAGAAAAUUCGAAAGAAGAAAAGAAAACUGUCAAAACUUUAAUUGAAGAGAGUAAACCGAAAACUUUAAAAAAAGGACAGAAAAACGUCAAAACUUCUCCGAUUGUGGAAAAUAAGAAGAAAGUUACAAAUCAAAAAGAAAACAAAAUAUCAACAUCAUCAAGUCCAAAAGUCGAGAAGAAGACUGCAAAAAGUUUAAAUGAUGAACAGAAAGUGAAGACAUCAAAAGUUGACAAAAAGACAACAACAACAAUGACAACUUUAACUCCAAAGAAAGAACAAAAAAAGGGAGGUAAAAACUCUGAUAAAAACUCAACAGAAACAGCAACUCCAAAAAAGAAUCAAAAGUCAAAAGUAGAGAAUUUAAAGGAAAACAAAAAUAUUUCUGUCAAAACUUUUAGAGAAGAACAAAAAAUAGAAGAAGAAAUUCCUCCAAAAGAAUUUAAAAAAGAAGAGGAAAUUCUUCAAAAAGAAGAAAAGAAUUCAACAAAACUUGUUGGUGAAGAAGAGGAAAAUUCUACAACUACAGGAAGUUUAUCUGAUUAA